CUUAAAUUAAUUCAUCGUUGAAUUGAUUAUACUCAGUGUUACCAUUAUUCACACUACUAUUCUUAUCAUUAUCAUUAUCAUCAUCAGUUUUUGCAGUAAAUUGUACCAGGACAUUGAGGAUGCUGGCGAUAUUGAUAUCAGUUAAAUGUGAAUGCAUUUAAUCGAAUUUUAAGGACAUUUAACUAGACUUCCUAUACUCACACUCACAAAUAUUGACGGAUUGACAAUUUCUUCAAAAGAACACAAAAAAAUCUGGAGUGAAUGAAUAUUGGAACACGUAUUUAUAUAUUUUGAAUUACUAUGGAUUUAAUUCAUUGAGAAAAUAAAUACUUCACUAAGAUGAGAAGUAAAUCCAGUACAUUAACCCAGUCACAAAAUGCUGAUUGUAGUAUGGUUACAAUCAGUUUACCUCCUGAAUUGAGGAGAAUAGAGCAAAUACUGUUUGCUUCAGUGAAACAAAAUCGUCUUGAUUUAGUCAAUAAAAUUAUUCAAGAUCAAAAGUGUGAUAUCAAUGUACGCGAUAAUUUUGACCGUACUCCACUGCAUCUUGCUUCAUCGUCUGGGAAUUUAUCCAUAGUUAAAGCAUUAGUAAUGGGAAGAGCGAUAAUUGAUCCAAUAGAUAAGUUUGGUAUUACACCUUUAUUUUGGGCAGUAUACAAUAAUCAUAGACAUGUGGUACAUUAUUUACUCGAUGCUGGAGCUAAACACAAUCGACAUACGAAGCAAGGUUUUACAAUCAUGCAUUUCAUAGCUGAAUCCAAUGCAAUCUCAAUUUUAAAAUGUUUAUACAAAAAAUUUCAAGUCUUAGAUUAUGACCUGUCAGACAAUAAUGGAAUGACUCCAUUCCUAAUUGCUGCAUCAAAAGGAAAUUUACGUCUGAUUGAGAUACUUAUUAAACGAAAAUGUAACAUACUGAAAAAGAAUAUGCAUGCGAGGAAUGCACUUCAUUUAGCUUCUAAAAAUGGUCACAUUGAAACUUUGGAAUGUUUACUGUCUUUGAAGAAACUCAGAGAAAAAAUCGAUGAAAUGGAUAUAUUUGAAACCACUCCAUUACAUUUAGCCUGUGAAAAUAACCAGAAAGAGUGUGUUCGAAUUCUUCUGGAACAUGGUGCUCAACCUGAUAUUUCAACAUCUAAUCAUGCUUGCCCGUUGAUUGAAUGUUCCAGAAAAGGAUUUCACAAGUGUAUUGAUCUACUACUUGAAAACAAUGCAGAUAAGGAGAAAAAGACCAAGACUGGAGAAACAGCUCUACACGAAGCUGCAAUGGCUAACUUAACCGACACUAUCUACUUUCUGUUUUCAAGAAAAUUUAACCUAACCGCUGUGAAUGAUCGUUUACAAACACCUCUUCAUUAUGCAAUAUCUCAAAAUAAACUUGAAGCAGUUGAAGCUCUUCUAUUUUGUGGUGCUCCAUUAGAUUUGAUCGACAAGGAUGGAUUAACACCCCUUAUGGUUGCAGCUAAAGCGAACUAUACAGCACUAGUGGAUAUGAUUAUACGUGCUGAUAGAUGGAGGAAGACAUAUCCGGAGAAUGCUGAAAGCUUUCUUGAUGAAAUUAUCAAUAUGCAAGAGAAUAAGUGUGCAACGCCAACAGUACAAUCAAGACGAUAUCGUCCUAAACCUCGUAAAAAUGUGAAGAUAGCGAACAACGCCAAAGACACGAUAAGCGACAGUGAAGAUUCUAAUAAUAAUGAUGAUGAUGGUGAUGAUGAUGACGAUAGUGGAACAUAUGUCGGUCAAAAAUCCUUGGCAUCACUGCGCAAUGAAUCAGCUAAACAACAAAACUCGCCACAAUUCUAUCCAUCGAAUAUUUUAUACUCACCAAGUAGUUCAGUUCACAAUGAUGACUUAAAAAUGUCCGAGUUUAUUGAUCCAUUUAAACAGUUAAACGCAUCAUUUGUUAACAGCAAUAAUAAAAAUAAUAAUAAUAACAACAUUGAUAGAUAUGGUUAUGCUGUUAAUAAUAAUAAUAUGAAUAAUAAAAAUGGUCGAUUCGUGAAUGAUCAUCGUUCAAGGUCAACAGCAAGUUCUGAGUCAGGCAGUGAACUAUCUCUAGGCUAUGAAGCUAGUCGUGACUGGAGCCAACGACAACACCAACACCACCAACAGCAGCACUCUCAUCAAUUACAAGAAGACUCUUCAGCGAACGGGAUAAAUUCUUCUGCAAUACGCGUGAACAAUAAACGUAAUAAUACUAAUAUUAGUAGUUCAGAAAUCAAUUUACAUUCAAGUGCUAGUACCAAUAACGGUAGUCAUUAUAAUAAUAGCAGUCGAAGAAAUAAGCACAAUUUGAGCAGAAAUCAGCAAUUCACCAGUCUUACUGAUUUAUCACAACAUAUUAAAGGUGAAGAGAUUCAACUGCCUAACGGUGAGAAAAUGUUUCGUAUUAAUAGUGGAAAAAUGUAUCAGUCGAAUAGAAAUAUGCGGUUGAUCAGUGGAUAUGGUUUGAAUGUAUCAAAUCCGUUUACUCUUAGAGCACCGUGUCAAACAUAUGCAGAAGACAUGAAUAUAUUAUUCUUUGAAUAUUCUCAUCAGUAUGCUAAACCAAUGGAUUGGAGAAAUUUAGCCGAAUUCUGGGGAUUUACAUCAGAAGAUGUCACGGCUAUUGCAUGUCAAGAUAUUGGUAAAAAUUCCUAUAAGGAGCAUACCUACCGUCUAUUGAAUAUAUGGUUACACGGAGUUGGGGAUAAUCAAUCCCCAUUGAAUGAAUUAUAUUUGGCGUUAACAACUAUUGGACGCAAAAGAAUUGCAUCACUUUUACAAAAACGUAUUAAUGGAUUAGGCAGAGAAAAUAGUAAACAUAGUCGAUGCAAGGUUUCAUAAUUUCCAACUAUCUACACAUACUACUUAUUAUCAUUAUUUAAAGCUUAUUGUGAUAAAUUGAUUUUUUUUUUUUCUUCUUUCUUUUCGCUUAAUAAACAAGCAUGUUUGUAAAGCUAAAGUAACUUUUUCAGAGCUAUUUUUGUCUUCAUUGAUUAUUACAUAACACCUGAUUUACACACAUAUGCAUAAGAGUAUAUAACAGAGGAUUGAAUGUCAGAUCUAAGUUUACAUCGUAUCAGAUCAAACUUCCAUAAUUUGUGUUUGAAAAUAUCCCCAUUUUCAUCAUCUUUGAAUUUUCAUCUUCUCGAUUCAUGUCUCAUUAUUUAUGAUUACUUUCUAUUCCUGUACAAAUAAUUAUGUGAAAGUAAUUGUAAUAGUAAUAAUAAUAAUACAAUUUU